CCCAAGGAAACGGACCGAGCCCAUGUCGCCGCUCAACUACCUCGAGAAGCUCAUGGUGUCGACGGACCUGCUGCGGCCACCGCGCAGCAGCACGUACGACGAAGCCUACGAGAAGUGCCACCCGCUGCGCGAGACGACGACGACUGUCGAGUACCAAGCGGCGCCGAUCCGCGACGACCACGACGCGCCGUUCUACGUGGCCUGGAAGCACAAGUGGGACCAAGGCACGUACUCGAAGCUCGACAUUGCGCUCACGUUCGCCGUCUUCUUCUGGACGCUGCAGUACUAUACAACAUUUUUACGCUGGAAUGAAAACCGCACUGACAUUGAAGGCUUUGUGACAAUGCACGACCCGGUGCUCAUGCGGCUCAGCCCUGGCGACUACUCGGUGUCGCUCUUUGUCUUGGCGUACGGCUCGGUCUCGAUUGGUCUCUACCACGCUCGCCACAUGCCCGAGCUCAUCAUUGAGAUGCUGCAGACCAAAGCGUUUGUGAUUUGGGUGCGCAUGGUGGCGUUGUACCUGGUCCCGCUGGAAGCCCCCGUGGGCACGGUGCCGCUCAUCGACCCGAUUGCCGGCGGCGAUGGCAUCGUCUUGAUGCGCGACCUCUUCUUCUCGGGCCACACGGCAACGACCUUUAUGAUCUUUCUCGUUGUCCGGCGCCAGAAUGUGCUCUGGAAGAGCUUUUUCUUCGUGCUCGCGCUAACGACCGCGAUUCUGGUCAUGCUCCAAAAGACCCAUUACGCCAUUGACGUGUACGCGGCGCCCUUCUUUGUCUACACGUGCAACAGUAUCGUGUACGACCUCCGUGUUGCUUGCAAUGCAGCGUGCCCGCCCAAGCCCAAGCGCGACUAGGCCAAGUAGUUCUAGGUUUAAUCAUAUUUACGUGUUUUUCGGGUGUCGUCCC